AUUCUUUUUAGCUAGGUCAUAUAUAAAAAAAAGCCGCAAGAAUAGAGCUUGCGAUUAUCGGAGGAUUCAAUCAUCGGCGGAGGACGAAAAUGAGUGUUAUCAGGCUGCACCAGUACCAAGUCGUAGGACGAGCUCUCCCGACGGAGAAAGAUGAGCAACCAAAGAUUUACAGGAUGAAGCUAUGGGCAACGAACGAGGUUCUUGCCAAAUCCAAGUUCUGGUACUACUUAAGGAGGCAAAAGAAGGUGAAGAAGAGUAAUGGACAGAUGCUAGCCAUCAACGAGAUCUUUGAGAAGAACCCAACAACGAUCAAGAAUUUUGGAAUCUGGUUGAGAUACCAGAGCCGUACAGGUUACCAUAACAUGUACAAAGAGUACCGUGACACUACUUUGAAUGGAGCAGUGGAGCAAAUGUACACUGAGAUGGCGUCAAGACACAGAGUAAGGUUCCCUUGCAUUCAGAUUAUUAAGACAGCAACAGUCCCAGCCUCUCUCUGCAAGAGGGAAAGCACGAAGCAGUUUCACAACAGCAAGAUCAAGUUCCCGUUGGUCUUCAGGAAGGUUAGACCUCCCACCAGAAAGCUCAAGACUACCUUCAAGGCCAACAAGCCUAACUUGUUUAUGUAGAACUAGAAGCUCUCUCAUUUUUCUAUCAUAAAUUCAUAAGGUAAUUGACUUUUCAUACUUGUUGAGGGAUCGAAGUUGCUGGUUUUGGCUUUUUAAAAUUUUGUGGGUAGAAUCUUGAAGUUUUAUGAUUCAUUCUCUUGGUUUCGAU